AUGCCGGCUUGCAGCGACGUGGACAAUGUUGCGUUUUUCAGCACUUCAGAUUUAAAGAGACACCUGAGCGUCCAUACUGGUGAGAAACCAUACACCUGUGAAGUUUGCGCAAAAUCAUUCUCCAGACCUAGUAUCUUGAAAAUGCAUCGGAGGACCCAUACUGGUGAGAAGCCAUACGCCUGUGAACAUUGCUCAAAAGCCUUUUCCCGCUUGGAGCGCUUAAGAUUGCACAUGAGAACACAUACAGGAGAGAAACCACACGCCUGUGAACAUUGCUCAAAGGCAUUUUAUACAGCUACAGCUUUACAGGAGCAUCUGGAAAUCCAUCGUCGCGCGAAACCACUAUGCUGCGAAAUUUGCUCAAAGAUUAUAUCCAGUGCUUCGUAUUUAAAGGCGCACAUGAGAAUCCACGACAGACGUUAUUCCUGCCAACUUUGCUCAAAAGCAUUUUAUAACGCUUCGCGUCUGGAGAGGCACGUGAGAUCCCAUACUGGAGAGAAGCCACACACGUGCGAAUAUUGCUCAAAGGCGUUUUCCAAACUUCCAACUUUAAAAGCACACCUGAGGACCCAUACAGGAGAGAAGCAACCGUUCGCCUGUGAACAUUGCCCAAAGGCGUUCUCCAGCUCAACCUAUCUGAAGAUACAUCUGAGGACCCAUACUGGCGAGAAACCGUACAAAUGUGAAGUCUGUUCAAAGGCGUUUUCCGGCGCCGCUGAUGUAAGGGUGCAUCUCAGGAUCCAUACUGGCGAAAAACCGUUCUCCUGCGAAGUGUGCUCUAGGAAAUUCACUCAACUGUCGCACCUGAGAGCGCACUUGAGGACCCAUACAGGAGAGAAGCCGUUUGCCUGCGACGUUUGUUCCGAGGUAUUUGCUCAUUCGAUUAUGCUGAAACGACACUUGAAAGUUCAUGCUAAGGAAAAGCCAAAUUCUUCUGAAGUUUGAUCUAGAAUAAUAUGUUUCCCAUUAACAAGCCUAGAAAAACGCCUGAGAAUUUUUGCUAGUGAAAACAACUUGAGUUCACGAAUUUUCUUUUGAAGCAUGGCCCCACUAGAUGGCGCUGACGCUCUACAGGCCUUGACAAUUUAUGACUUUUCUAUGUUAAGCCAAUGCAGCUAUGAAUUGCUCUUGAAAUUCUCGAA